AUGUACAAACACAGUUCUCUAUGCGCACUUCAACAGCUUUUCGUGAUAUUAUUUAGCUUCAAAGGUGCAGGAUUUCUUUCAAUCAACCAACAAGUGAGAAAGUAAGUACAGCAGAGAGAAAGAAAAUUAUCUUUAUUCGUUCAUUGUUCUUGUUCUUUUCCAUUCCACUACACACUGUUAUUACUGUCAACUUCUUUUCCAUUCCACUACACAAUGUUAUUACUGUCAAGUUCAGACAGAUUCUUUCUUUCAGGGGCCUUGUCGUCAAAAUGACCAAGCUGUAUAGGUGAAGGUUGAAUAAAUAAAUAAAUUACAUUUCACAGAUCCCCCUCCUUCUCCCCAACCCCUCCCAUCCUCAGCCCCCUCUCCACUCACCUGCCUCAUUCCUCCUGUGUACCUCCCCUUGGGCAGGUAAACCAGUCGGGUAUAUAAAUAUAUUCAAACCUGAGUUAGCUAUCCAGGGAGCUCUGGGGUGCCUCGAGACGUCGAGAAAGCGAGAGAGAGACGUAGACGUGUAACAGGUGGAGUUUCUCAGGAUAAGGAGCAAGUAUAUUCUCUUUACAAACCACUGGGAUUGAGAGUCCUAGGACAGCAGUGCAAGUAUGGGGCUUGGAGUAAGUCUGGAUUACACUUUUGAGUAUCAGGAUUUGGAUUUACUUAUAUUGUGUUCUUUCAACUUUAAAAAAUAUGUUGUUUUUUUGCAGUUCAUAUUAAACGUUUAGCCCUCGGUUCAUGGCUGCUUCUUAGUUUGUUUUAUAAAGUUCUACAUGUUAUGAAGUUCUAAAUGUACUCCUUAUCUAAACCCUGAUUAGGAAAGAGGCACAUUGAUAGUUUACACUUUCUCAUCAUUAACGUACCUUUUGACAUACAGAAGGGGAAAGAUGAUUAUAAGCUGGCGGCGACCUCAGAGGACAAUGGAAAUAAAAAGAGUAAAAAGGAGGUGAAGAAAGCAAAGGAGAAGAAGGACAUGGACGAUCUGAAAAAGGAAGUUGACCUGGUGAGGAAAACUGGUUAUGUAUUAAUUGACUAAUUCAAUUAAUCGAAUUUAGUAGACAUGAACAAUGCACAUUAAUCCAUAUGCAAUUUUCACAUCAAAGCACUUGAGUUGGCUGCAAAAAUUAUUUUAAUCCGUAGUCCCAGAGAUUAUUAAAAUAGUAUGAUAUAGCAUAAAAAAUGUCAUUAUUUUCUGCAAGAAAAUACUUAAGUAAACAGGAAGCCUAUUAGUCUCUGUGGACCAGAAAAUAUGCAGCAUACAACCUUUCAAAUGUGCAUCAAGCUCUUUUGUUUCUAGAUUUGUAUUUGGGUACUCAUCUGCAUUUGAAUUUCCUUGCUAUUACUCUGCAGUGAGUCUUGGAGGCCGUUUUAAAACCCCAAUAGCCUGUGUUUAAACUUUAGAGGAACAGUAGCCUAUCUUUGGAAACAACUUGUUUUUAAACAUGCAGGAGAAUAAAAACGUACGUGUGCACUGUGCAGUACUCUUUCAGGGAAGGAAUGUGAACCAAACAAUUCCAUCCGUCAUACAGAAACGCAUGACUUAUCUAUGGUUUAUAUUAAAAUUCGAUGCAGCAUGACCUUAUCAUGCCUAGGAUCAUUUCAAAUUGUUUGAGGAAUGUGUUUCAUAACUAUGAAUGUUCUGCAUAUACUUUCGCCAUGGGGAAAAGUUGAGAGAACUCCCUAGUUCAACAAGCAACUUUCUUUCUUUCUUUCUUUCUCUCUCUCUCUCUCUCUCUCUCUCUCUCUCUCUCUCUCUGAUUUAGGAUGACCACAAGUUGACCUUGGAUGAACUUCACAGGAAAUACGGCACAGACUUAGCCAGGGUGAGUGAGUGUAUAUGUGUGUGUGUGCAUGUGUGCCUUUUAAACUGACAACCAGUUGGAUCUGUUGCUCCUAAGGAUUAUUGCUGACUGUAAUUUGAAGAGUAUUGAGGUCAUGGAGGUUACGGCACGAGGUCAUAUCGUAGGUAGAACUAUCUACCACUGAAUCUUUGCAUAUGAAACAUAUCUAUAUCUUCCUAAAGUUUACACAGAGUUUGGAGUCAAAUAUAUAUUUUCCGAUAGUGUGACUCCCUUCACAUUAUUAUUAUUAUUAUUAUUAUUAUUAUUAUUAUUAUUUAAUCCUUUAUUUAACCAGAGGUCACAUUGAGAUUUAUGUCUCUUUUACAAGUGAGCCCUGGCCAGGAAAGUGGCAUACAUAGUAAAUACAACAUAAAACACAACAUAAAAACACAAGUUAAAACGGUGCAUAGUGCAUAUGGAUGAGACUUUUUCCAUAUGUGUGACAACAAGUCAGAUACACAUGAACCAUUUUAAACAAGCCAUUGGAUAGGCCUAAUGCAGGGCACACAAUUGGUGCAAUAUCUUCAGCUUUGUGUGGUGUACAAUUAGGACAGGCCUAAACAUUAUUUUGUGUGGAAAGGAUAACAGUUAAACACUAUUUUGGUGAUGGAGCAUAGAUAAUGAUCUGUUGAUAUUUGAUCCAGGGAUUAAGCAGAAUUUCCACUACAAGGGCCACAUUCACACGGGAACAUUGAAAGCACUAUGUAGUGAUGAGGGGCGAGGUGGUGUGUGUGUGUGUGGGGGAGGGGGGGGUUAGCUUGACAGAUUUUCUUGCUGACACAAGGGGAGGGGGAAGUUUUGAGUUCCAUAGGUAAUCACUCUACUACCUCUUACUCUACCUCUUGCUCGUCCCUCUUCCCUCCCUCCUCCUUUCCCUUCACUCUACCUUUUCCCUCUCUCCUUUUCUCUCAUCCCUCCCCCACCCAGGGUCUAACCUCAGCUCGGGCUAAGGAGAUCCUUCUUCGCGAUGGCCCCAACACCCUGACCCCUCCUCCCACUACCCCUGAGUGGGUGAAGUUCUGCAGGCAGCUCUUUGGCGGGUUCUCCAUGCUGCUAUGGAUCGGAGCUAUGCUCUGCUUCCUGGCCUACGGAAUCCAGGCCGCCUCCGAGGAUGAGCCGGCCAAUGAUAAUGUGAGAAUCAUAGAAUUCUGAGAUAAUUUUAGACUUAACAAAAACUACGAUGCCUCCAGUGCCUGAAAGGGUUUUCUCACUUAACCGUAACGUAAUAGUCUCAUAGUCUUUCUGCCUCUUCGUUUCUGUCCCUCACAGUUGUACCUGGGUGUUGUACUCUCUGUUGUCGUGAUUGUCACUGGCUGUUUCUCCUACUACCAAGAGGCCAAGAGCUCAAAGAUCAUGGACUCCUUCAAGAACCUGGUCCCACAGGUUAGACUUCUGCCUUUUCAAACACCUCUGAGAAGAACUUGAUUAUAUUGUCAUGUCUACGGAUUGUAAUCCUGUCACCUGCCUUGUAGCAAGCCCUGGUUGUCCGUGACGGUGAGAAGAAGAACAUCAACGCUGAAGAAGUGGUAGUUGGAGAUCUGGUGGAGGUGAAAGGUGGAGACAGGAUCCCAGCUGAUUUGCGUAUCGUCUCUGCCAGCGGCUGCAAGGUGGGUACUUUACAAUCCAAGAUCAUGUGUCACACACGUAGCCUUCCAAAAACUUCGGUCCGAACUCAGUUAGGCGAACCGAACGAGUGUGCUCGCAUACUCCCUUAAAAUACCUAAAAGACCAAUAGUACUGUUUGUCCAUUUUGAGACACCGUAGGCAGUAUACACUUUCUCAAAAUAGUCAGAAUUAAUGUAAGAUAAUUCAAGAAAUCUGUCUGAAAUGUUGUAGUUUUUGCUAAGGAGAUCUUAGUCGCACAAUCUAACUAAGCUGUUUUGUGCAGUAUUUCUCAAGUGAAAAAAUUUGCAUGAAAACGAGUCGUCUAUCGUUGAACAACAACAAACACUUCAUUGAGGAAUUCCUACUGUUGACCAAUGACCGACGAAGGGGCGUAGACUUCGGCUCCCGAACUUCGGCUGGCCUCGAGAAAAAUGUUGUGUGCACGAACAGCCCCCAAAAAACUUGCUGAAGACCAAAACGAAUAAAAAUGCCUCAAAAUGUCGUCAUAAUAUAUGACAAGCUGUUCUGAACUGUUUCGGAUGGGAAGCAUGCGGACACCUUUAGUGUCAUUCAAUGUUGUAUUGAUGCAAUUCUCUUUUCCCACUCAGGUGGACAACUCCUCCCUCACUGGUGAAUCUGAGCCCCAGACACGUACUCCGGAUUUCUCCAAUGACAACCCCCUGGAGACGAGGAACAUUGCCUUCUUCUCUACCAACUGUGUUGAAGGUAAAUAACUUCUGUAACUAGCCGUAGUGAUUGAAUAGUUCAAAUAACUUUAAAUGUAUCGCUAAGACAUUUUGUUAUUCUAAACCAUAUUCUCCAUGUUUUGUCAGGAACUGCCAGAGGUAUCGUCAUCAACACUGGUGACCACACUGUAAUGGGUCGUAUCGCCACCUUGGCCACGAGUCUGGAGGGUGGGAAGACGCCUAUAGCCAAAGAGAUUGAGCACUUUAUCCACAUCAUCACCGGUGUGGCCGUCUUCCUGGGCGUGUCUUUCUUUGUCCUCUCCCUCAUUCUGGGAUAUGGUUGGCUGGAAGCUGUCAUCUUCCUCAUUGGAAUCAUCGUCGCUAAUGUGCCAGAGGGUCUCCUGGCUACUGUAACUGUGAGUACCGAUGAAGAGUCAUGUUUAACAAAAACUUUAGUCCUAACAACAAAACUUAUUUUGUCUCAUUGUUGAUUUUUUAACUGUCUGCUAUGGCUUUCUAUCGUAGGUGUGUCUAACUCUGACUGCCAAGCGUAUGGCCAAGAAGAACUGCCUGGUGAAGAAUCUCGAAGCUGUUGAGACCCUGGGCUCCACCUCCACCAUCUGUUCCGACAAGACUGGAACCCUGACUCAGAACAGAAUGACCGUGGCUCACAUGUGGUUCGACAACCAGAUCCAUGAGGCUGACACCACAGAGAACCAGAGCGGUACCUGCUUCGACAAAAGCUCUGCCACCUGGGCUGCCCUGGCUAGAGUCGCUGGCCUGUGCAACCGCGCCGUCUUCUUGGCAGAACAGAACAACGUACCAAUCCUCAAGAGAGAUGUGGCUGGUGAUGCUUCAGAGUCUGCCCUGCUGAAGUGUAUCGAGCUGUGUUGCGGAUCUGUCAAAGACAUGAGAGAAAAGUACAGCAAGAUCGCUGAGAUUCCCUUCAACUCGACCAACAAAUACCAGGUAACCACAUGCGCUCUUUGUAGUAUCUGUGGGUUAACAAAGGGUUAAACUGAGUUGUAGAAGGUGGUGUGACUUAAAAUCAGGAUGGAUGGCUUUUCUCAAUCAGCUUGGAAAUGCCACUUUGUAUCGACAUCCAAUAAGUUGCCAGAACUUUAGUUUACCAGGCACUGUAGGCUACUCACUGGUCAUUGCCUGCUAAUUUAAAUUUAAACUCUCUUCAUGGUGUCAUCUGAUCAAAAACCAAUUCAUUUCGCCCCUAGCUCUCCAUUCAUAAGAACAUCCUGGCCGGAGAGUCCAAGCACCUGCUGGUGAUGAAGGGCGCCCCUGAGAGGAUCCUGGACCGCUGCUCCACCAUUUUGAUCCAGGGCAAAGAACAGCCUCUGGAUGACGAGAUGAAGGAAGCCUUCCAGAACGCCUACGAAGAGCUGGGAGGGCUGGGAGAGAGAGUGCUCGGUAACAGGGCACACGCCAAUAUGGGAUAAUAUGCAUUCAAAGGUUUUGGACUGAAUGAACAGACUAGAACAGUGGUAUUUAAACUUUUUCAGCGGGGACCCCAUUUUUUCCACCAGAAUUUAUUGUGACCCCACCCCAAAUCUAAUGACAUAACCUUAAAGUGGCAAUCUCGAGUUGCUACAUCCAUUUUUUGACUUGUAAAUUAUUGAUAAGUACCCAUUGAAUAAAUGCCUCAUGAGCUUAGUUUAACUGUCGUAAACCAUCAUAACCCAAAAUAACCCAAUGUUUGUAAACAAAGUAAAUGUAAACAAACACUAUAUAGCGUCAAAAUCAUUUUGAUAUCAUGGAUGGUCAAUCCUUGCAUCUAUAGCUCUGUCUAUGAGGGGUAUCAUUUCUCCAGCCCCAUCCCUCAGCUUUUUACCGAACCAGGGGUGUGGAGACCGCUUUGUUAUUGUUUCAUCUGCUGAUUGCCGCUUUAAAAUUGGUAAAUGUCUAUUUUUACAUCAACAACUAACCUUCAAUUCAUUACAUUUUCAAAAUGAAAAGAAAUCAAUAAAAAUAUUUACUCCAUAAAUAAACAAUAUAUUAAAAUGAUCUUUCUCAAAACCAUUUGUAUACUGUCCCAUACAAUAAUCUGUACUCUUUAUUUAUUUGCGACCGCAAUGCAGUUCGACCCUGACUGGUCUAGAACAUGCAGGAUUGGUUCUAGCGUGUCACUGACUCUGUGUCCUUUUCAGGUUUCUGCCAUUUCCAGCUCCCUGAUGACCAGUUUGCCGUAGGCUUUGACUUUGACUGCGAAGAGGUGAACUUCCCCACUGAGAAUCUGUGCUUCGUUGGCCUAAUGUCCAUGAUUGACCCCCCCCGUGCUGCUGUGCCUGACGCUGUGGGAAAGUGCAGGAGUGCUGGAAUCAAGGUAUGGCAUUAUCACACUAAACACAACUCUUCAGUCAAUCCACAUAGCAGCCACUGUGAUCAGACCACUCCUCUUCCCUUCCUUCCAUUAGGUUAUCAUGGUCACUGGUGAUCAUCCCAUCACUGCUAAGGCCAUUGCCAAGGGUGUGGGCAUCAUCUCUGAAGGAAACGAGACUGUUGAGGACAUUUCUGCUCGUCUGAAAAUUCCAGUUUCUGAGGUCAAUCCAAGGUAUGUUGCAGUUUGUUUGGGAUCAUUUCAGUGUAUGUCAUCAUACUAUCUACACUUAAAGAGGAGUGACAGAAACAUUUAUUUAGCCUUUUGGGGGCAUCAUCAGAACAUACCAAUACAAGCCCCUAUAUUUAGCUUGUAUUUUUUAUUUUCCAUCUUUGUACCCUCUAGAGAUGCCAAGGCCUGUGUUGUCCACGGUGGAGAGCUGAAGGACCUUUCCGGCGAACAGUUGGACGACAUUUUGGCUAAUCACACUGAGAUUGUGUUUGCCAGAACUUCUCCUCAGCAGAAGCUGAUCAUUGUGGAGGGUUGCCAGCGUCAGGUACUAUUUUAUUUAAUUAAUGCAUGCUCAUGAGUCAGUCAGGAUGAUUGCAUCUUACUUUUGGAAUUUCUAACAUCUGUAAACACCUCUCUUACUUAUCCACAGGGUGCUAUUGUGGCUGUGACAGGAGAUGGUGUGAACGAUUCUCCGGCUCUGAAGAAGGCUGACAUUGGUGUUGCUAUGGGUAUCUCUGGAUCUGACGUCUCCAAGCAGGCUGCAGACAUGAUCCUCCUGGAUGACAACUUUGCCUCCAUUGUGACUGGUGUUGAAGAGGGUAAGAGAAGCUCUGGCGAUGACCAUCAAUCUGCUGGGUUUUUCCAUCCUUCUCUCAUCACCCUGACUAUCCCGUCCCCCCAUCCUCUAUUUCCCCUCAGGCCGUCUGAUCUUUGACAACUUGAAGAAGUCCAUAGCCUACACACUGACCAGUAAUAUUCCAGAAAUCUCACCCUUCCUCCUCUUCAUCCUCGCCAACAUUCCACUGCCCCUAGGAACUGUCACCAUCCUCUGUAUUGACCUGGGAACUGAUAUGGUGGGUCUUUCAGAUGUGGAUACUCCUCCUUUGUGAACAAUCUGAUCUUGUGUUCUGGUGCAUUAUGAAGAACAAUGCAUUUUUUUAGAGGUUGUUUGGAAGGUCUUUGAACUAAAAUCAAAGUUACCAACAAAAUGUUUCUAAUUUGGAUGAUCUUUCCCAUCAUUACCUUCAAGGUCCCAGCUAUCUCCCUGGCCUAUGAAGAAGCUGAGAACGACAUCAUGAAGAGACAGCCCAGAAACCCCAAAACUGACAAACUGGUGAACGAGAGGCUCAUUAGCAUAGCCUACGGUCAAAUCGGUAAGGCGUUAAUUUGGCCCUGCUUCUGUUUUGCCUACCUUUACUGGGUCUUGUUGCGUUGUAUGUUGACCAGUCAGUUUCAUAGCACAUUAACAAUCUGAUCAAUGUCUCUUCAUUGACAAAAAUACUCUCCUCAUUUUUACUCUCCACAGGUAUGAUGCAGGCCACAGCCGGUUUCUUCACAUACUUUGUGAUCCUGGCUGAGAACGGGUUCUUGCCCAUGGAUCUGCUGGGUAUACGUGUGGACUGGGACAACAAGUUAAUGAACGACUUGGAGGACAGCUACGGCCAGCAGUGGGUCAGUACACAAACACCGCUCUGCUUUUUGCUGUACUAACGGAUUAGCAUUGGCCUUUUUUUGAUGUCAUAAAUUCUCGAUGAGAGCUUUUUCAAUCUCUCUCCCAAUUUUUUUGUUUAGUUUAUUCCAGUAUACAUGGCAGCUAAAAGCUGAAUUGCUUAUAUAUAAGGAAAUUCAAGAUAACAAAAUAAAUCAGUAAAUGUGAUACAGUAUCAAGAAAGUUGAGAAGUCAUGGAUGGGAUCACGGAUCAGGGUUGUUGCACAGCUUGCAUUUCAGAUAGUCAGCAGAGGAAAUAUCGAUGGUCUUGAGAAAGACAGAGCAUCUCAGUCACUGCUAGGGAUUCAGACAGACAGGUCCGUAGCCUCAGCAGUGCACCUCACAGUCCCUAACGUCUUCUCCGUGCUUUGGUCUUCAUAGAUAGCUUGCUACUAGUCCUCCAGAACUACCAUUUGUGCAGCACCCUCUUGUGGAUGCCACUACUGCCGCUGGCGCACAGGCUCACCGCAUAUUUGGUAACAGAGUAGUCAGCAAUCGUCACUACUGUAAUGUAACAAUGUAAUAAUUAUGUCCUCUCUCUCUUGUUUUUAUCCAUAUGUCUCUCUACACACUCUCUCUUUCUAUGGUCUACAAUCCAUCCUUCAGACAUAUGAGCGCAGAAAGAUUGUGGAGUUCACCUGCCACACAGCAUUCUUUGCCAGUAUCGUAAUUGUACAGUGGGCCGAUUUGAUCAUCUGUAAGACCAGGAGGAACUCUAUCCUUCAGCAGGGAAUGAAGUGAGUACACACAUCUAUCUUUGUGGUCUUGGUCUAGGUCUGGGUCCUAAGAGGUUUUUUCUUAGGAUUGAUCUUCACUACUCUGCUCUUGACUUGACCUCUGCUCACAUCACCAGAAUCAGAAUCAGCUUUAUUCGUCAAGUACAUUUACACAUACUCAGCAUUGUACUUAGUGAUAUGGUGCUGUUAGCAAUAGACAGCAUUAGAGACAGAAUACAGACAGAGCAAUUUCACAAAAUUGAUAAAGUGUGCAUAAAACUGAAGAGUAAGAGUGAAUUUACAGAGAGGAUAUACAAAUGUACAGUAUAAGUAUAUUGUAGAGAACCAGGACUCAAACCCGGGUCCAGCGACUGUCAAGCCAGCAAUUUAACCACUAUUAUUAUUUUGUUUUUCCUCCCACCUCAGGAACCGUAUUCUCAUCUUCGGACUGUUUGAGGAAACCGCCCUGGCUGUCUUCCUGUCCUACUGCCCUGGAAUGGAUGUCGCCCUCAGAAUGUACCCACUCAAGUGAGUAGACCCAUCAGAUUCUCUUCUGUAUAUCAGCUUGGAACAAAGGUCACCACUGUUUUAAAAGAUGAGUGGUAAAAUGGAUGUAUAUUACAAUGGGCGGAGACUACUGUGGCCUCAGGAUCAGUUGGGGUUCACUAGUUAGCUGAAGUGUAAUGGGGUUUACUGCCCAACCAAGAGAGGAAACACCAUUUGACAUUUAGGGGCCCUGUAGGCGCAUUACCGCCCUGUUUUACGCUCAAUUUAAUAUCUUUAUUCUUUCCCUUCUCUCUUUCCUUCUCUCUUUCCUUCUCUCUUUCCCUUCUCUCUUUCCCUUCUCUCUUUCCCUUCUCUCUUUCCCUUCUCUCUUUUCCUUCUCUCUUUUCCUUCUCUCUUUCCCUUCUCUCUUUCCCUUCUCUCUUUCCUUCUCUCUUUCCUUCUCUCCUUCCUUCUCUCCUUCCUUCUCUCUUCUCUCUUUCCUCAGGCCUUGCUGGUGGUUCUGUGCCUUACCCUACUCUCUGCUCAUCUUCCUCUAUGAUGAGGGUAGGAGAUACCUCUUGCGACGAAACCCAGGAGGUAAGUGCUCAGAGACUAUGGACGAAAACAAGCUGUUAAGAUAACGUCAACAAUUUUACAUCAAAGUUAAUUAUUGUGUAAUAACAUGACAAUGGCAUGUAGGAUUGGGAAUGCCGAAUUAUUUAAUUUGUCUCAUGGAGAUUUUCAGUGGCGAGAUGAAAUCUAACAAAUGUUGUUCUUCUCUCUGAAUGUUCUCUUCUUUAAGGUUGGGUGGAACAGGAGACCUACUACUGACACAAAGAGGCUAUCCCCAGGAUCACUCAAUGUCACUCUGCUGCUGCAUCUCAACCAACAACAUUACACUACAUUUCAAUCUGCUACAUUACCAUUUCAUUCAAUGAACACUGCGAUGAUGCACUGAGCUACAUUGAGGAGUUCUUGAUUGUGAUAAUGCAAUUUGGAAUAAACAUCACUUCAGCACUAA